AUGUUUUUGUUUUUUCCUUUGAACCCAGCAGGUCCUGCGCAUGUUAGCGGACACCACGCCAGUCUACUGGUUCACUUCGCCUUUUUUUCUUCCCCCUCUGCUCUCUGUCCGCGCUUCUCCACGAUGGCCUGCCUUCGAGGGCCGCCCCACGGAGGUCGAGGGCCGUUCCUCAGAAGGCCUUUCCCCCUCGUUCUCCAGAAAACAAGAAACUCCACUCGACCCAUCUCUCCCGCGCGCGGCGACUCCUCCCCCAGAGAAAAAAUCGCUUCGUUCCUGCGCGCAGCCAUGGCGCCGGCUUCGCCCACCGACAGCUCUGCACAAUCUGCGGCGGAAUCUCGGGUGUACGUACACCUCGUCGGAGUCGCUGGGAGCAGCGGCAGCGGAGGGCAAGGGAAUCGCAAGGUGGAGAAGAAGGCCGUGACCGUGAGGCUUUCCUCGGUCGCUCCUGUUCACGGUUCCUUCUCAGUCUGUCAGGCUUUUCUGCGGCGGUUGUCUCCUCGCGUUCUGUCUGCUUCCCGUUCUUCGGCGGCCGUCUCCACGCUGUCAUCCGCAAGUCGCCGUCCUCGGUCCUGUUUGCUUUCUGUUGCCGCUCCCCUGCUUCGCGGAGAGAGCUGUUCUUCCUCCACUUCGCUUCCCUCCUUUUCUCCUUCGCCUUAUGUCCAGAUCGUCUCGGAUUCUGCCGUACCUCCUUCGAGCUCGACUCUUUUUUCCUUUUCCCUCUCCCGUUCGUUCGUUUCUUCUCCCUUCUCUUCCGCGACCCCCUCUUCUUUUUCUUCUGCCCUUCCUUCCUCCGCUCUUACCGCGCUUCUUCCGUCUCCGUUGUCUCCGUCUUCUUCUGCCCACUCCUUCACCUGGUCGUCCGCUCACUCUACUUCUCCUCAAACCGCUUCUUUUUUCUCUUUCUCCCGCCCUGACUCCGCGACUUCGUCUUUUCGCUCGCUGUAUGUACACACACGCGCGUACAGCUUCACUAGGGCAGCUCGGCAGAGAGAGGACGAGGCGCGUCGCCACGAGGCAGCGCGGAAAGCGUUCUUUGAGUCGAUGAAUCAAACGAAGAAAGAAGAACAAGAACGCGAGGCAGAGCGGCGCAGACAACGGGCAGAAGUCCAGAAGCAAGGCCCGUUUCUCCACGGACAAGACUACUACCAAAUCCUUUCUGUGAAGCGGUCGGCCUCUCAGGAGGAAAUUAAAAAGGCCUAUCUGGAAGCGGCGAAGCGUCACCACCCUGACCAGAAUCCCGAAGACCCUGCCGACGCUGCCAAGCGUUUUCAAGCAGUUCAACAGGCGUACGCGACUCUGAAAAAGCCGUGGUGCCGAACGCUCUACGACCAGGAGCUCGACGGUUCGUUUCGUUCUGCGCAGCGAACGGAGGCGGGGCGAGAGCCUGGCCCGGGCACCCGCGCGGCAGAGAAAAUUUGGAAGGAGACUUGGGAGGAAACAGCUGAGCAAAGAGAGCAGAGACGAGAACGCUAUCGACGCUAUGCAGCUGGCAUCCGCGAAGACCUGCCCUACGUCGACACCAUCAAUCCAGUCUGGAUCAUCGCGGGAACUUCAGCCGCCGUCUUCGGAUUCGCCGCGUACAUCAACGACAAGGGGAAGAAGUCCUUCGAUGCAGCCCUGAACGACGACUUCACUGACGAGGAUUUCCGGGGAGACAAGCUGGUUCGCGCCUUCUUCAAUCCUUUCUCAGCGAAGUGGGAAAGACUCCCCGACGGCUACGACCCUCCCGCGCCUCACACGUUGCACUCCUUCUACCGGAAGCAGUACCCGAAUAUCCAGUUCGAUGCGGCGUCUUUGCCGGCGAACCAGCUGACGCUUAUCAAGGUGCCUCGAUCGCAGACAGAGCCUGCCCGGCUCCUCGUGAACAGGCGCACCGGCGAGACUCUGUGGGCGCAUCAAAUUCGUCUUCAGGUGAAUAAGUCUUCGUCUGAACAGUCUAGUACCUCUGAUUCGUAGCUGGCGCGUCGCCAUUCCAUUGAUGUCCAGUGAAACGCGUAUUGGAACGUCUCUCGCUUCUGGUGAGUCGUUUCUGCGAAAGAAGUGACCAGGAUCGUUCCUCAAGCCUCACCUGGCGGUCGCGAAGUCUCUACAGA